GUUCAACCGGAGGAGCUCAUGUGGAGGAUCGUCUGCUCGGCUGAUGUAACGCCUCUCUGAUUUCCUUCUUUAGCCGCACUGAAACCUGCUCAAAACUUCUUAGACUCACGAGAAAAACGUCCAUUAAAGACUAGAGAUGGCACAGCAACUGGCGAAUUUGUUUACGAGAGUGGGACAAAUAGGCUUUGGAGUGGCUGUGGUCGGCGGCGUUGUGAACUCGGCGUUGUAUAAUGUCGACGCAGGGCACCGUGCGGUCAUCUUUGACCGUUUUUCUGGUGUGAAGGAAAGUGUAACGGGUGAGGGAACACACUUCUUCAUCCCAUGGGUCCAGCGUCCCAUCGUGUUUGAUACACGUACGAGGCCAAGGAAUGUGCCUGUGGUUACGGGUAGCAAAGAUUUACAGACCGUGAACAUCACCCUUCGUGUGCUGUUCCGGCCACGUGGUUCUGAGCUCCCAAAGAUCUACACUACCCUUGGUAUUGACUAUGAAGACAGAGUGUUGCCUUCCAUCACCAAUGAAGUUUUAAAGGCUGUUGUGGCUCGUUUUGAUGCAGGCGAGCUGAUCACACAGAGAGAAAAGGUUUCUCGCAGUGUCAGUGAAGCUCUCACGGAACGUUCUGCGCAGUUCGGAUUGAUCCUGGAUGACAUUUCUAUUACCCAUUUGACCUUUGGGAAAGAGUUCACACAAGCUGUUGAGUUGAAGCAGGUUGCCCAACAGGAGGCUGAGAGAGCAAAGUUCUUGGUAGAAAAGGCUGAGCAAGAGAAGAAGGCUGCUAUUAUCAGUGCCGAUGGUGAUGCCACAGCUGCCACUUUACUCGCCAAGUCCUUUGGUGAGGCUGGAGAAGGUUUGGUGGAACUAAGGAGGAUUGAGGCUUCGGAGGACAUUGCUUACAGGCUGUCAAAGAAUCGCAAUGUUGCCUACUCCCCAACAACCAGAGCACCUUGUUGUCCCUUCCCCAGUGAAAGCCUCUCCAACUGAUAGCUAGUGGAGAGAGUGCAAGAUGACCAAACUAAUACAUAGGGUUUAUGAUGAACAGCAAUUAAGAGCCUCCCUGAAGUGUCAAUAACUUCAAUUGCCUGAAAAAUAUACUAGAUUUCCCAGCAUGAAUGGCAUUACUUGUACAAAUGAUUUUUGUUUGUGAUAUAUAUAUGUAUGGGGAGUAAUCAGGGAUGGUAAAGGGUAGGUAUUUUUUUUUCCUAAUAUAUCCAGCUUGACAAAAUCUGUGCAUAAAUGUGUAUAAGCUUCAAGAACAAUUCUUGUCAUUCAUGUUGUAAAAGAAAAAAAAAAUGUAAUUAAUCUUGUCUUUCCAUGUAUAAUACUGAGGCAGCAUUGUGUUGAAGCAGUGUACAGAUAUUUCAUAUGUUGAAAGCUUUUCACAUGUGCCAAUGUAUCUUGAGAAAGCAAGUAAUUGGGGCUUAUAUAUAAUUUUUCCAAGGUGAAGAGAAUGUAGAUAAAAAGUUAUGUAUGUAACUGUUAAAGAAACGGAAAAGCACUAAUUGUAAUUAGGGAUUUUGUAAAGAAAUUUUACUUUGAAA